AUGUCUGCGCCGUUUAUGGCUAUGGGACCUCCGCCUCUUCCACCGGGAUGGACUGAACACGUCAGCCCCACUGGACAGACUUACUAUUACAACGCCCUGACGAAAGAAUCCACGUAUGUGCGGCCGUUACCUGCUUUUCCAGUUUUGCCCCAGAUGGCCGCCUCCACGGCUGCACCACCGCAGAAGAAGAAAAAGGAGAAACCGCUCGUCAAGACACCCGUGCCAGGAACGGACUGGAUGCGUGUGGUGACUACCGAAGGCAAUACAUUCUACACGCAUAAGGUAAAGAAGGAGAGUGUCUGGACGGUCCCGGAGGAGAUACGCGAUGCUGUUGCAACGUUGGAGCGAGAGGAAGGGGAGAAGCGCGCGAGGAGUGAGCGAGAUGAAAAAGAGGCCCGUGAGGAAACGUCGCGCGGGGGAGACGAAGAGCGGUUAAGGGAAGUGGAGAGGAUCAAGUCUGAAGUACAAGAGAUGAUCGGGAAGCGAAAGGCUGAGGAAGUGGAGCCCAUGGAGGAGGUCCUAAUCACGAAAAAGGCAAAAGUAGAGGAGGAUGAAGACGAGGAGGAUGACGAAGACGAGGAUGACGAGGAUAGUGACGAAGAAGAAGAUUGGCAAAGAGAAGCAGCGGCACAACUCGCUGCUGAAGCAGUAGAGGAAAAGACAAGACAAGAGGAGGAGAAGCGGAGACAAGAGGAGGAGGAGAAGGUAUUGAAGGAGGCAGAGAAAGCCAAGGGCAAGCCACAAUUGAAUAUGCCUGAUCGAGUGGACCUCUCCAUAGAUGAAGCAAAGGCGUUAUUCAAAACGCUCUUGCGAGAGAAAGAUAUCAACCCUCUUUAUCCGUGGGACACAUCUCUUCCCCUCUUCAUCUCUGAUCCGCGGUACGUCCUCUUGCCCUCUGUGUCUGCACGGAAAGAGGCUUUCGACGAAUAUUGUCGCGACCGCGCUCGAGAGUUGCGCCAGUCCAACGUGAAGAGAGACAAAGACGCUGCUAACCCUAAGGAAGAGUUCGAACGCCUUCUCAGGAACGAAGUAAAGAGUACACGAACGAGCUGGACAGAAUGGCGGAGGCAGUGGAAGAAGGACAGACGAUUUUACGGCUGGGGGAGAGAUGAGAGGGAAAGGGAAAAGCGGUUCAGGGACUAUCUGAAGGAGCUGGGCGAAAAGAAACGUGCAGCGGCCCAAAAAGCUGAAGUAGACUUCUUUGUAUUGCUUAAGGAAAGCAAUAUCGCGAAACCUGGUGCUGUCUGGAAAGAAGUGAAACGCAAAAUAGUUGAUGAUCCCCGCUAUGAUGCUGUGGGCUCCUCGUCGUUGCGCGAGGAGCUAUUUAAUACAUUCAUGAAAGCUCAUGGCAGUAGUGAGAUAUCGGAGACCAUUGCGCAUGAGCCUGAAACAUCGCGGGAUAGUCUAGAGCCUGGUGAAGCUGAAGACGAUCACGAUGACAGUGACGAACGGACGCGGAAACGACGAGAGAAGAAAGAACGUGCGGUGAGAGAGCGCGAGGAGAAAGUCAAGGCGGAGCGGAGCAAGGUCGAUGCUGCUAUCGACCGCUCUAGGAUGGGGCUCAAUAAGGAGGAGAAUGAGCAGCAGUUUAGAACAAUGCUUGUUGAUGCAAUACGGGAUCCCCAGGUUACUUGGGACGGUGUUCUACCGCAGCUAAGAACCGACCCUCGUUUCGUAAAUUCACCAUUACCAUUGAAUCAACAGCUCCACUUGUUCCAUUCACAUAUCGCUUCCCUGCGCGCGAAACACUUAGCAAGCCUGCACACCCUCUAUACAUCCCAUUCUCCUUCCCUUGCGACAACUUUCACCGAACUACCCGUAUCGUCGCUUGUUACAUCUCUGCCUGCGACAAAGUUGGGUUAUGAUGUCAACCGGCUAGAACAGGAGUACGCAAAGUGGCAAAGAGAACGAACACAAGAAGCCAGGUUGGCAUUUGACCAGAUGCUUGGAGAAAACGCAUUCGUGGAGUUCUGGGGCCGGCUGGGCAAGAUCGGCGGAAAAGGUGUAGACGGGGGUAUCAAAGUGGAUGACCUUGGAGAGGACGCGGAAGAGGAACAGGUGGAUAUGAAGGCAUUGGCAAAAAACGUGGAUCUAAAGGAGAUGGUGAAAGUUUUGAAGAGUGACAAGCGCUAUUUCAUCUUUGACCACGUCCCGGAGCAGCGGGAGCGUUGGCUGAGGGAAUACUUAGCACAACUACCUCCUCCAAAACUAUCUGUCCAUGUCUCAUAG